GAGCGCCCGGCGGCCGCCCUGCCAGGCUGGAGGCCGGGACGUGGUAGGGAAGGAAGCGUGCUUCCCGGUCGGCUUCCUCCAGAAGUCCUCUUGCCAGUGGUGGCCUGAUCCGAGGCCGGGAAGUGUUCAACCUGCUGAAAAAUGGCAGAAGAAGUGGUGGUAGUAGCCAAAUUUGAUUAUGUGGCCCAACAAGAACAAGAGUUGGACAUCAAGAAGAAUGAGAGAUUAUGGCUUCUGGAUGAUUCCAAGUCUUGGUGGCGAGUUCGAAAUUCCAUGAAUAAAACAGGUUUUGUGCCUUCUAACUAUGUGGAAAGGAAAAACAGUGCUAGGAAAGCAUCUAUUGUAAAAAACCUAAAGGAUACUUUGGGUAUUGGAAAAGUGAAAAGAAAACCUAGUGUGCCAGACUCUGCGUCUCCUGCUGAUGAUAGCUUUGUUGACCCGGGGGAACGUCUGUAUGAUCUCAACAUGCCUGCUUAUGUGAAAUUUAACUACAUGGCUGAAAGAGAAGAUGAGUUAUCAUUGAUAAAAGGGACGAAGGUGACCGUCAUGGAGAAAUGCAGUGAUGGGUGGUGGCGAGGCAGCUACAAUGGACAGGUCGGAUGGUUCCCUUCAAACUAUGUGACUGAAGAAGGUGAUAGUCCUUUGGGUGACCAUGUGGGUUCUCUGUCAGAGAAAUUAGCAGCAGUUGUCAAUAAUCUGAACACUGGGCAGGUGUUGCAUGUGGUACAAGCUCUUUACCCAUUCAGCUCGUCCAAUGAUGAAGAACUUAAUUUUGAGAAAGGAGAUGUAAUGGAUGUUAUUGAAAAACCUGAAAAUGACCCAGAGUGGUGGAAAUGCCGGAAGAUUAAUGGAAUGGUUGGUCUGGUGCCAAAAAACUAUGUUACCAUUAUGCAGAAUAAUCCAUUAACUUCAAGUUUGGAACCAUCACCUCCACAGUGUGAUUACAUUAGACCUUCACUCACUGGAAAGUUUGCUGGCAAUCCUUGGUAUUAUGGCAAAGUCACCAGGCAUCAGGCAGAAAUGGCAUUAAAUGAAAGAGGGCAUGAAGGGGAUUUCCUCAUUCGUGAUAGUGAAUCUUCGCCAAAUGAUUUCUCAGUAUCACUAAAAGCACAGGGGAAAAACAAGCAUUUUAAAGUCCAACUAAAAGAGACUGUCUACUGCAUUGGGCAGCGUAAAUUCAGCACGAUGGAAGAACUUGUAGAACAUUACAAAAAGGCACCAAUUUUUACAAGUGAACAAGGAGAAAAAUUAUAUCUUGUCAAGCAUUUAUCAUGAUACUGCUGGCCAGAAGUGACUACAACACAGCUUUAAUCCGCCAUGUAAUUGAAGACUGAGAAGGUGUUGGUCCAAUUGUGCAUGGUUGGAAAUUGUUUCUAACUCUAUACAAGCAUUGACUAUAAUACAUACGUAUUUUUAUUAUAACUCAGCCCAUACAUAUAUACUACGUAUGCAAUGCAUCUGCAUAGAACAGUUUCUUAUUUUUGGUCUCCUAUUUUAUUGUUUUCCUCUUUGCUGUUUUUCUCUUUGCUUCUAAUAUUAAAGUUUUGUAUUUCGAAAAGAAAAUCAAAUAAUGCAAAUCAGAAGUCCUUGUAUGGAAGAAUGUCUUAUUGCCUUUCCUUAUUUCCUUGCAAAGGCAUACUGUUAGUUCUGCCAUGGUUUCUUUUCAUAUAAAAUUAUUAUAUCUAUAUAUGGCAUAUGCUAAAAUAAAUUUCUUGGAAAGUGUUAAUCUUU